AUGUAUUGGAAAAAGAAGACAAAGCCACCCGAAUUCACUCUGAAGGAUGUGACGAUAGCAAAAGCAUUGCCAUUUCUAUCAGUCACAAUAACUCCAGAUGUGUACCUUAUCACUGGAACUGGCGCGCAAACCAUCGUUCAUAAAAUUGAUAACAAAAGCCCGUUUGCAGUUGUUGUCAAGGUACUUGCUACAGCACCCGCACGAUUCACCAUAUCGAAAAACAAUUUUUUCAUUGAGGGAAACUCCUCAAGUUCAAUACAAAUCAAACUCAAAACCGGUGCCGUGCGAUCUCAUCGCCUUGAUCUUCUGUUCCUUCCCUGUAUAGAUACCCUGAAUCCAAACUGGAAAGCAAAUCCAUGCAUUGCUUUCAAUUCCUCUUAUAAGCCUAUCAUUAGACAUAUA